CGGGAAGGGCCCCGCCCCGGGCCUGUGCGGGACUCGGCCUGGUGGGCCGGCGGCCACCCCAGGGCGGAGCUGCGCCCUGAGCCAGGCGUGGCCGGGGAGCUGGCGCCGCCCUCGCGCUCCGGCCGGGGCCCUGCGAGACCGAGACCGCGGUGGGGUCGCCAUGGGGCGGCUGGUGACUCUGGGCUUGCUGGGCAUCGCGCUGGCGCUGCUGGGCGAGAGGCUGCUGGCGCUCAGAAAUCGACUUAAAGCUUCCAGGGAAAUUGAAUCCGUAGACCUCCCAAACUGCCACCUAAUUAAAGGAAUUGAAGCUGGCGCUGAAGAUAUUGACAUUCUUCCCAAUGGCCUGGCUUUCUUCAGCGUGGGUCUUAAAAUUCCAGGGCUCCACAGCUUUGCACCAAAUAAGCCUGGAGGAAUACUAAUGAUGGAUCUAAACGAAGAGAAAGCAAGGGCACUGGAAUUAAGAAUCAGCCGAGGGUUUGAUUUGGCUUCAUUUAACCCACAUGGCAUCAGCACAUUCAUAGACGAUGAUGACACAGUUUAUCUCUUUGUUGUAAACCACCCUGAAUUCAAGAGCACAGUAGAAGUUUUUAAAUUUGAAGAAGAAGAGAAUUCUCUGUUGCACCUGAAAACAAUCAGACAUGAGCUUCUUCCCAGUACAAAUGAUAUCAUAGCUGUUGGACCGAUGCAUUUCUAUGCCACCAAUGACCACUACUUCUUUGAUCCUUUCUUAAAGUAUUUGGAGACAUACUUGAACUUACACUGGGCCAGUGUUGUUUACUACAGUCCAAAUGAAGUGAAAGUGGUAGCAGAAGGAUUUGAUUUUGCAAAUGGGAUCAAUAUUUCACCUGAUAAAAAGUACAUCUAUGUGGCUGACACAUUGGCUCAUGAAAUCCAUGUUUUUGAAAAACAACCAGAUAUGAAUUUAACUCAAUCAAAGGUACUCCCAUUGGAUACCCUGGUGGAUAAUUUAUCUAUCGACCCUUUCUCGGGGGACAUCUGGGCCAGCUGUCAUCCUAAUGGCCAGAAGCUCUUCGUGUAUGACCCAAACAAUCCUCCUUCAUCCGAGGUUUUGCGCAUCCAGAACAUUCUAUCCGAGAAGCCUUCCGUGUCUACGGUUUAUGCCAACAAUGGAUCUGUCCUCCAGGGAAGUUCUGUGGCCUCAGUCUACUAUGGCAAGCUCCUCAUCGGCACUUUAUACCACAGAGCCUUGUACUGUGAACUCUAAAUUGCAGUUUUGGUGUUUAAGUGUAACAACCUCUAACAAUUAAUUUUCCAUGAAUCGCUCAUUUUGAGGGACUUGAACCAACGAUAUAGACCCAGAUCUGCAUUGCAUAUAUAGUUCGUUUUAUUUCUGCAAGGAAAGUCUUCUUUAGUUCUUACAGCACUUUUAACAUGAAAGUGAACAUUGCUGUUCUUAAUGCCAGGUAAGGGGGAGGAAAGAAAACUGCCUUCCUGUAAAGUGAAUACACUUUGCACAAAAUGAGCCUCACGUUUGCCUUCCAAAUACAGAGCAUGGGCCCACUGGAGCAGGAAAUGUUCAGUCCCCUCAGUUCCCACCUGUGACCACUGUGAGCGUUCAGAACUACUGACAUAUAAUAUUUGGAAGUUUUGUAUUUCCAUCUUUGUUUAUUAUUAAAGGUGUGAAAUUAUAUUAAAGACUAACUGAAAUCCAA